AUGGCAUUUGGAACGUUCCCCCCACAAGUGCGCCGCCGUGUGGUUGUUACGGGUCUCGGAGCCGUCACGCCGUUAGGUGUCGGCGCUCAGUCCACAUGGUCUGCUUUGUGCGAGGGAAAGUCAGCAACACGCGCGUUGCGAGAAGCACCAUUUUUCUUUCCCUCUUCCAUUGAUUCUGACAGGCGUCUCACAACGGAAGAAAAAGGAAAGCGACGCGAGGAAUUGCUUGCUGCCAUGCCGUGUCAGGUCGCUGCCCCCGUUAUCGGAGAGUUGGUGUCAACAACCGACCUGCCUAACUUUGCACCCACUUCCCGUGAGACGCGGGCUACACGAUUUGCACUGCAUGCUGUGCGAGAGGCACUUAUUCACGCCAAACUCAUUGGUACAGACGUAUUUUGUGCUUUACCUUCGGGGGCCGUCGCCCAUCCAAAUGAGGCAGCUUCAGAUAACUCUAAACGGUCGUCUGCUCCGGAGAGGCGGAUCGCUUCAUCAUGUUCCGCGGAGCGCAUUGGUGUGAAUUUGGGCGUGGGUAUGCCUUCGCUCGUUGAUGUGUGCGACGCCGCGUAUAAUCUAUUUGCAGAUCCCGCACAGAUACGUUACAACAGCAUCAGCCCCCUUUUCGUCCCGAAGAUCCUCGGUAAUAUGCUGACAGGACUCGUUGCGAUGACGUACAAUGUCCAUGGACCAGUUGGUAGUUCCGUGGGCGCAUGUGCCACUGGAGGCCAUUGUAUUGGUGAAUCGGCAAGCUGGAUACAACAGGGACGUGCUGAUGUUGUCAUUUGUGGGUCUGCUGAAGCGUGUAUUACUCCCGUUGCCAUCGCCGGUUUCUCACGCAUGCGGGCGUUGUGCACCAAGUACAAUAACCGUCCACAGGAGGCGUCUCGUCCUUUCGACAAAGAUCGCGCAGGUUUCAUUAUGGGUGAAGGUGCUGGUGUUUUGGUCUUGGAGUCAUUGGAACACGCACGGGAACGGGGUGCUCACAUAAUUGCUGAGUUACGCGGAUUUGGUACCUCCUCCGAUGCACAUGAUGUUGCUGCACCGCGUCCUGAUGGUUACGGGGCAAAGCUGUGCCUCCGCUCCGCCUUACGUGACGGUGGUGAUGUUCCUGCUGCAUGUGUUGCUUAUGUCAAUGCACACGCUACGGGAACAAUUGGAGACGACUUGGAGCUCCAUGCAAUUGAAGCUGUUCUAAACGGUACCGAUGGCAGCGAUAAUAAAUCCGCUAUUAUUCGCAACUCACCGCUGUUGGUGAGCAGCGUGAAGGGCGGUAUUGGUCACUUGUUGGGAGCUGCGGGAAGUGUCGAAGCGGCAGUGGCUGUUAUGGCACUUCAUGAGCAGCGGGCUCCACCAAAUGUUAACCUCCACGUCCCAUCAUUUCCGGCAUCCGGCGCCAUUCAACUCGUGCAGGGGACCACCGCCUGUGCAUUUAAGGGAGAAGCAGUUCUCUCAACCAGUUUUGGGUUUGGCGGCAUGAGUACUGCGCUACUCUUCACACAGUUUUGA